AGUGCCCAAAAUGUUCAAGUAAUAAAAGAUCAAAAAUUAUCAAAAAAACCAAAUGUCGUCAUUUUACAUGCAAUAUGUUGAUCACACCAAAAAAUAGAUCUCGUCAUGAGAGAAAUUUAAAGCUCCAUAAUUGCCCACCAUCUUGUGAAGCUUGUAAAUCAAUAAGGCUAAGAGAAAUAAUGGGUGGUUAUAAAUAUCAGGACAUAGAUUCACCUCCAGAACAAUAUCACGAGGAAAAUAUUUAUUCACAAAGUCCAAAUAAUGAAAAUUACCAAUCGCAUCAUAAUAGUAAUAACAAUAACAAUAAUAAUAAUAGCCAUAACAGUAGUAGUAAUUCUAAUUCUAACAGCAGUAAUAAUGGCAAUAGUAAUAAUGGUAAUAAUGGCAAUAAUGGAGGUAAUAACCAACAGUUUCAUCAUAAUACCUAUCAAUCCUCUCCAAUGUCUAGUCCCCAAAUAUAUUCGCAUCAACACCAUCACCAACAACAACAUCAAUAUCAACACUCACCACAUCACCAACAAUACCAAAAUCAUCAACAUCAAAACCAACAAAAUCAGCAAUAUCAAAACCAAAAUCAUCAACAACAAUAUCACCAACAUCAACAACAAUACCACCCACAUCAUCAACAAAAUCAAAAUCAUUUUAUUUAUCAUCAACAAAUUAAUCUCGACGAUCAUGAUUAGCUUUAUCACUGUAAAAAAUAAAAAGAAAUUAGAAAGCCUCAAAAUUAAAAUAAUAAACUUAAAAUAAAUGAUAGUUAUCGUUUGUUCGUUUAUUUAAUUGUAUAAAAAUCU